UCCUCUCUCCAGGUAAGACAGGUACAGGUGUGUCAGAUGAUCUCCUGCCUGACUUUGAUGUGAAGAUUAUGCCAGAAUGGGCCUUUGUGGGCUCGGUAGCCCUGGGUAUUAUCCUGUUCAUCUUGUUGUUUGGUGUGUGUUGGUGCCAGUGCUGUCCUCACUCCUGCUGCUGUUAUGUGUCCUGUUGGUGCUGCCCUGAGACCUGCUGCUGCCCACGACACUUGUACGAGGCAGGAAAGGGGUUGAGGAGCAGGGCUUCGUCCCCCCAGAUCGCUGUCUAUCCACCCUACUACGUACCUGGGGUCCCGGCCAUGGUCCCCAUCGCUCCCCCCUCCCUGGUGGACACCACGAUGAUGUCCGCUCCCCCCUCUGUGUCAGAGAACAGCGCAGCUGGAGUGCGGCCUGUGUACCGGCUGCAGUCCUCUCUGGAUCAGUCCUCUCUGGAUCAGGACUCUCUGAAGGUGUUGCAGCACGUAGAGAAACAGCUGUCUCUUUUCCACCCGGCCAAGGCCCAGAGCCACGACUCCUGCAGUAUCUCAGAGCUCAGUUCUCUCCAUGAGGUGGAUACAGGGGGUUUCCGUCAGUCUUACCGCCAGAUACAGAAGAAGGCCCUGCCAGCCAUCCCUGACCACGACCGUGACCUUGAAGACAUCCCUGACCUCCAUCAUCCCUCGUCCUCCUCUCAGACCCGUCGCUCCACACGCUACCAGCACCGCCGCAACCGCAGCAUUGAGGAGGACCAUCAUCAUGAUAAUAACAGCAGGUGGAACCCUCGUUCAGAGCACCUGCAGCGUAAGGCCUUCCUCCUGGGUGGGAAGUCAGGCUCUCUGGAUGAGCUGGAGGACUUUUCCCAGUGCUACAGACAGAUAGGCCCCAGGGAGGAGCUCACUGUCAGGGACAUCAGAGACACCGACCAGGAGUACGAGAGACUAGAGCUGCGGGAACGAGAAGGUGACCGAGAUAGGGAUCGAGAUCGGGAAUACUAUCCACCUUCUUACUGGGACAAGACAACAAAACGUGGUUACCGUGACAACAGAGAUCGUGAUGACCGUGCAGAGACUUGGCGAGAACGAGAUCGCCAAGAGGAUUGCCAUGGAGAUCGUCAGGGAAAUCGACAACGCAGUCCGCCACCCUCGCCCAAGAAGAGACGGGGCACGUGGGACAACGAGCUGGAGCAGCGCCCCCCUAAACCCCCCGCCCCUCCUCCCCCUCCUCGCCAGAGCCCCCGGGGGCGGGACUACGAUGGCGAACUCCUGAGCACUCUUUUGGAGCGCAAGACCAGACGGGGUGGGCCCAGUGACAGUGGAGGUGAUAGGGGCAGGGGAGGGGGGCGCAGCGAAGAGGACACGCCCCCAGACACACCCUCUAAAGGUUCUAAGGGCUCUAAGAAGAGCAGUGGCAGUGGCGGCGAACGUCACCAUAGCCGUUGGCCUAGCAACAGGGAGGUGGAGUUGGUAUUAGACUCACGGGGAGAAGACUCUCUACCCCCGUACUGCCAGACUGCGUUAGAGCGGUUCAGAGCCGCUGAGCGUCCCUCCCCCUCCCCUCGCCCCUCCACCCAUUCUUCCCGCCCUUCCAACGGAGGCUCCACCCAUAGCCACGCCCAUACCCUACAGCAGGAGAGAGGAGAGGAGCGGGAGAAGCCCCGGAAAGUGAGCACUCUUCUUAGCAGAGACUCUCUCAUAGUUUGAUGCCUGGAGGACACAUACAUACACUGGGAAAGACACUGGGAAUCAUCCUCUACCCCCCCAUCACCCCACACUGGGGAGGAGAGGGGUUCUCAGAGCACACUGGGCAAGCAGAGAACCCCAUGGAGAGGUCAGUGACCAGCAGAGGGAAUGGCUACCUCUGAGUGACAGGCAGUACAACCACUGGACUGACCACGGCACAGGACUUGGGACGGUCUGAUCAGGCUUCAGAUACACAUCAAGCACCAUGACCUAAGUAGAAGAGUAAUGUUCAGAGCUGGGACAAAGACCUCUGGAUGCACAGGACAAAUAGCACUGUGUGUGUGUGUGUGUGUGUAUUGGUGGAUGUGUGUAUUGGUGGAUGUGUGUAUUGGUGUGUGUGUGUGAGACGAAGUAUGGUGCUUAUUCCUGUCUGCUCUUUUGUGUGUCAGAGUGAAUAGUUUCUCCCGGUCUUCUCCAUUCUAUUCUCCUCUCUCACGAACAACACACACUGAAUGACGAUGUCAUUCCGGAGUUUCUGUCACUGCCACCUCUACACAGUGCACGCUCUCUCUGUGAAGUCGCUGAAUGAUGAUGUCACUCUGGAGUUUCUGUCACAGCCUGCACCACCACCACCACUGCCCAGUCACGGUUGAAGGCCGCCGUUGAGACAACGUUUGGAUUCUGUUGUGUGAAUGGUGUGGAUCCCCCAUACCAUUGUGUUUUUCAGUUGGACUUGCUUGGCCUUGACUCUGUGGAUAGAGGACACAGUGUUUCUUAAUCAUUGUGUUUAAUGCAAUGUGGGUUAUACCCAGUAAGUUUGGACUAGAGGGUACUACUAACAGAGCCAGGGAGAGAAACUGGAACUUUAGGGACGGCAGGUAGCUUAGCGGUUAAGAGCGAAAGGUCAGUGGUUCAAAUCCUCGAGCCGACUCGGUGAAAAGAAAUGUGUUGAUGUGCCCUUGAGCAAGGCACUUAACCCUAAUCGCUCCUGUAAGUCGCUCUGGAUAAGAGCGUCUGCUAAAUGACGUACAUGUUGUGAUUAUGUGCCAUCUGUCCUUCAAAGACUGUAUUUGGUUUAUAAUAGUUUUAUACAUAGUUUAUCAACUCUGCCUGUCUCUGUGUUAAGUCAUGUUGUGAUGACAAUGCAGUAAAUGAUUGUGCAAGUGCAACUGAAAGCACUUGUGGGUAUGUCUGUGUGUGUUUAAGAUAAGAUAACCACGGUGUGUUUAGUUUUCAUAUCGUUGUGUAAACCGCUAAACACACAACUUUAUCUCCACUCAUUAGCACUCACACACACACACACACACACACACACACACACUGGCUGUCAACUUACCACAGCUCUUUCUCGCGCCUGCAAAACCUGUUGAAGGAUUCGUUACAAUUGUUCAUGUUUAGUGUUGUUUUUUUUCCACUUCUUUCAGUGUAUUUAUUGUUCAUAGCUUUUGUGCUUUUCUAUGUUAUUUUCUUUCUAUGCUUGUUCUACGUCAUCGUGUUUCUGUGUUCCAUUUAUCUGUCUGUCAAUGAGACGGUUGUUUCACAGCCCAGCUCCCUGUCUGUCAAUGACACGUUGUUUCACUGAGUUGAAGUCAUAGGCGACAGGCAACAAUGGCUUUGUCUAUUUAUGAUCAUCACCAACUGACUGUUACUCUAAGAGAUCUGGUAAACACACACACACACACACUGUAUCUUGGAAAGUGCAUGUUGGUGAACACUAAACGGCGGCAGGGUAGCCUAGUGGUUAGAGUGUUGGACUAGUACCCGAAAGGUUGCAAGUUCAAAUCCCUGAGCUGACAAGGUACAAAUCUGUCAUUCUGCCCCUGAACAGGCAGUUAACCCACUGUUCCCAGGCCAUAGUUGAAAAUAAGAAUUUGUUCUUAACUGACUUGCCUAGUUAAAUAAAGGUAAAAUAAAUAAACACACAAACACUUCUCCUUUAGGUUACCUUGUUAUAAUAACUUGUACCAUAACUGGGCUUUUUGCAAUAACAAACUAAUGCCUAAUGAACUAUUUAUUAUUUAACUCCAGAGACGCAGUUUAACCACAGCCUUUACCUCAAAUACUGUUGACCAGGCAGCUUCAAUCUCAUUCAAUAAAGUCUACUUAAUCUCCACAUCUUCUCCACUGUCCUUCAUUCACUUCAUAAGGACCUUUUGUCACCCUUUAAGUGUCUUUAUGGUUGUAAAGUAUGUCUUAUAAAUCAUUGUAGUGAAGUGUGUCUU